AUAAUUUGCCAUGUGUGUUUGGUAAUUUUCAACGAAUUUCGCUGUAAAAAUCAUUCAAGACAACGAUAAAAACUUUCGCUUGAUCCUAAAUAAUAUAUUUUUAAAAUUAUUACUAUAAUGGGGCGUCUUCGCCGCAAACGAAUGCAUAAAAAUAUCAAGGAUCAGAAGAAAAAAUACAGAACUAAACGUAGAACUAAAGACAUUGAUCAAAUCCACGCUGAUUUAGAACCCGAGAACUCGGAGAAAUUAUUGUCACAGAAUGAUCCUGAUCUUCCUGGCAGUGGGCAAUAUUAUUGCCUUGGAUGUGCAAGACAUUUUGUCAAUAAAAUAUCACUUACAAAUCACAUGAAAUCCAAGAACCACAAGAAAAGAUUAAAAGAGCUGAAGGAGAAACCAUAUGAUCAUAAAGAAGCAGAAACAGCAGGUGGAAAAGGAUCAUAUACUGUUGCAUCAACUAAGCCUUUAUUGGAGGACACCAGUAUGGAGACUGUGCAAGACAAGUGAAAAGAAAAGUUUCUUCAGCUGACUUUCCACCAUUGUAAGUACUGUAACAGAUUCAUUAACACUCAAAGGUGUUUUAUACAACAUCUUGAGCAUUAAUUCAUGCUCAUGACCUUUAAAAUGUAUAAAAAGGUAGCUCUAUUUUGCUACUGCUAAAGGAUUCCUGCUAAGCAGGUACAAAUACUUUCUAGACGGAUUGUGAAAAUAAUUUUAAGUGAUAAUUUCAAGUAAAGGCCUUUUCUUGCUGUUGGACCUUUGCAAGGCUUUUUGAAUUAUCAAUACUGCAACUUAUACUAAGUAUAUGCCUUAGUUGGCAAGUACAUUACACCAAGCAGUAAAAUGCUUGAUUAAAACAAAAAUAAGGCCUUUUUAUACCCAUUCUGUCAUGUACGUAUAUUGCAGGCCUUUUGGAAAGGAGGUGGUUGAAUUGCUUGAUUGAAAAGUUCUAGAACACCAUUUGUUUAGUUGGCAAGCAAUUUCCGGUAUAUAAAUUGGAGGUGAAAACCCUGCUUUUAAAUAGAAACUUUGGCAAACUACAUGCACAUGCUAAAUUUUUAGAAGCCAGUAAAUUAUAUUCCCUCAUUCCAAAAAUAAGAUUGUGCAAUUGGUGGGUGAGUUUAACAAAAGGCAAUACUGGAAAAGAUAAUUAUCCGCUAAAUUGUUGAAAGAAAAACAAUUUUAUAGGGAGAACUUGGUAAAGGAUGAAAAAAAACUCUGAUAAAAAGUAUACACAAUGCUGUUGUGAAGUGUUGUAAUAUUUAGCUAUUCAAAUUGGUUUUGUUUACAUGGGGUAUAUACCGCUAUUAUUUUAAAAAAGAGCUGAGUACUUCGCUAAAAUUGAGUUCGAGUCCGCUGUCAAUUUAUCCCAGUGUACUAUUAUCGUCAACUUGAAACAUGUAAAAAUCCAAAAUUUCAGACUUGUGUCUUAAAUAGCCUUUCAUUUAUCGGAUUUUGUAGUUUGGUCAUUUCUCUCAAAAAUAGGCAUGGCCCGAACAAAAUUUCUUAGGUAGCGGAUCAUAAAAUUAUUAAUUAAACCCUGGUUAUUUGCUGUAUGUUCAUGAAUAUUGGGUACUUACCCAAUUUGAUGGUGUAGAAUGCAAAAAAUAACACUUAAAAUUGAAUAAAGCCUAUAGGUAAUAUGUUAUUGUCAUACAAAUUGAAUUUUUUACAUGAUAGAGCUUAUUUGACAUGGUAGAGCUUAUUUGACAUAACCAUCUUAAAGUGCACAUGUUCAUUAGUAUUUCAGGCAAGUUUCAUCAAUUGUUCUUCAAGACCUUAAAAGUUACAUCGACUUGAGUAGAUAUACCUCAAUUCAGGUUUUUAGACUUGCACAAAAUUAUAAUAGCUGCUGAUAGUUCAUCAGUAUUAUACUGAUAGCUAAGAAUGUGAUGGUAAUGUACUGUAAUAGUUCUUUUACAGUACUGUUAAAGGCUGAAAUAUUGAUGCUUGAUUUACACACUGUUCAUUACUACAUACACACUGUUCAUUAAUAUAUUCAGGAGAAAAAUGUGCCAAAAUGAGAUCACAGUACAUAUAAACAAAAAUUUUAAUACAAACCAAGAAUAAAUGAAUGCUGAUAAGGCAAGGAUUUAUGUAAAUGAAACACAAGACAAGACAGAUAAUUAUGCAAAUUCGCAAGAAAUUUACCAUCUUUUUGAGAGCCAAAGCUAUUUCGGUCCAGAGCUUUUUCGCGUUUGUUUCUGUCUUUGUAAUCUGCCAACGAUGCGUCAUAAAGAAAUGGAUAAUCCUACCACAAAUCUAUACCAAUUUGUCGUCGAGAAUCACUUCAUUCACAACCUCCAUGUGCGCCGCCAUUAUACUGCUUGUGGAAUUACGCAUGCGUAUUAAUGACAAUAGCCAAUAGGCUACCAAUGCCUGCGCUAAGUUCGUUCGGUGUCCCCACAUUAGACGAAAACGACGUGCGAAAAGUGCGCGGCGAAAAAAAUAUCAAACAUGUUUGAUAUCGAGCGCUAUUGCCGCAGGAGCAUUUUUCGACUGCGCACCCGGCGAAUUAUUCGCGGCGGAAUUAGCGCAGCGCUGUUUUCGCCUAGUGUGCGCCUUGCUUAAAGGUCCAAACUCAUAAUUUUAGUGAAAUCCUUGUCGGAUAUUUCAUACAUCCUUCCCGUCGUUGUUUCAGGCGUGUACGCUUUGCAAAUGAAUUUGUCAAAUGGCACCCAACACAGAUCCUCUCUUGCUGGAUCUUCUAUUUGGUCCAUGAGGGUGCAUGAAUUUUACAAGAAUAUCCUGCUGUUCUUCAUCAAUCUUUAUCACUAAUCCAACCCACCAAUUUGAGUCAUAUUGGCAGGCAAUAAAUUCCAUGAUCUUGACAUCAGAAAUUUUGUCCGCCAACACAAUGUCAAAAACUUGAAUGUGCCAACAGAAACUUCAUCAUCACUUAUACUCUCUUGUAAGAAACUUCCCCUUCAGAAACUGACGCGAAAUAAAGGUAACUUCUUGUGCCAGGAAUUGUUUUUCCACUUUCAAACCUGGUAACCCACAUUUACCUGGUGCCAUGUUUUCCUUUACACCCUUGAUGCUAGACUCGCAAUACUGGAACAUUUUGUCCAUGGGCAAUAUUUGGUCAUCUGACGGUCUUUACGGACUUGCUCUUGCAAGUCUAGUCUUUCACCGUUUCUCCAAUACCAUCACUUGGGGACUUAUUGCAAAGAAACUAGUUGUAAAGAAAGACCACCUUGCAGUUAUUCCAAAAUCAAUGAAAUGGUGGCAAAGAUUUAUGAUGUUCUUAAAGUUUUUGUACUGUCCAGCACAACCAUCUGAAAAAUAUGUUAUUAACACGAGGAUGCUCACUCUUCAAAUAUUUGACAACUUCUGCUUGCACUUGAUAGACGAAAGGAGUGUCAUGUUCCAUGUCAUCGGAUAUCACACAUAGCUACUCACACUGGAGUUUUCCAUCCUUCAUGUGGUACAAGGCACAUUUGGACCAUAAACUGAUAAUUUUCAGCGAAGUCCAACAAGGCAAUGGAUGCAGUUCCAGACAAAUUGUGUUUUCGAUCCUUCAGGUACCGAGCUUGACAUUUGGCAAUAUAAGAAUGGAAUGUUAAAUUACUGAAGAAGCUCACGAAACUCUUACAUCUCUUGCAGCAUCUCUUGAUAGAUCUUGUUCAAUUUCUGUGAUAUCCCCUAUGUCACCUUCGUCAUCUGCCUCUACAGGCUUGACCAUUUCUGCCUCAUCUGUUGCCUUCUGGAAACAGUUCUGCAUAGUUGCCAGCCAGGUAUUCAAUCAAGCCCUUUCUCCAGGCCCAUAGGAAGCAAUUUUUUAUUUGGGGGGGGGGGGGGGCUGAGGCCGAGGAUGGAAAGUCUCAUUUUGGUGAUAGAAAUAGAAUCAAUCAAGCCACUCGUCAACCCCAACUGGCUAUGUUAGUGAACUAUCGCUAAUCAAAUGUUAAAAGGUUUCUAACAUUUAAAAAAGACUGUUUUUAAAUCUAAUUCGUCUGUUUUAUCUUGAUGCACGUGAAUCACCAUUAAGUUGUUGAGUCGAUUAUCUCCUUUAGUAGAUCGAAGGUACGUUUUUAGCCGUUUCAAAGCUGAAAAGCUUCUUUCACUAACUGCAUUCGUGGCCGGAGUAACCAGGAGAAGUUUUGCCGGUGUAACCACUUCAGACAACAAACGUUUUUCAGCGUUUUUCCUCUUGAAGAAGGACAAAAUUGACUUGUGGUUUCCAGACGACAUCACAAAUCACUGACUUGCUAGUUUAAUUAUAUAGUUACCAGCAAUCAAACAUAAUUUAAACUUGUUUGUAAAUCAACAAGUUGAACCUAUUGGGGGGGCUGACGACCCCCCAACCUCCGGUAGCUACGGGCGUGUUCUCUCUUAGUUGCUUUGCAAGAGGAAGGGUUAUAACAUGGCCACCCUUGGCCUUGACUUUAUGGGAAUUAAAAAUAUUACAACAUUUGUUGAAUCGUCUUUCAAACACGCGCCCAAACAACUUGCUGUGGUGAAUACAAAUAUAGUCAUAUUUGCUUUAUCCUGGGAAGCUGUAUUCGGAUUGGCUGUUAGCUGAAGGAGUUUCCCUUGAGCAUUUUUAAAAUGAAUAAAUAAAUGAGUAUACGAACAAUCAACAUGAGCAAUUCGGCAGUGGUGACAUUCGUGCCAAGUGGUUGCAAUGGUUACGGUGGUUACAAUGGUUGUGGUGGUUGCAAUGGUUGUGGUAAUUGCAAUGGUUGUGGUGGUUG